AUGGUCAAGACGGACCCAGUGCCGUUGACGCGGUCUCCAGCCGAAAUCUCGACGCUCAAUUCGCUGCGAAGUCUGCCAGACCUUCUGCUUUACUCUCGACGUCUUCAAUCCGGCGACACCAACGACCGUGGACGAAGCGUAGUAACGUCAAGUGUGACGGCACUCCGUUCACUUUGUAGCUCCCAGGGACGACAGCAAUCGGUCUCUAAAGCUGUUGAGCCUGGAUCACUAGAACGGUGGCUCGCUCUCGCCGAAAUUUCAGCAAAACUCGAUGCCGAUGUCGAGAAUCUAGAGCGAGAAAUCCAGGUUCAUGAACGUAAGCGAAGUGUUUUGGAAGGAUUAAACUCAACGAAGUUACCACCAGCGGAAGCGUGUGAGCUUGGGACGAAGCUGCAGUGUCUUCAAGAAGUACUGGGGACGCUUCGCUUUCGAACGUAUUGUCGAGAUCUGUUCAUCCUGGUAAGGAAUCUGCGUUUGCGUCUGGAGCUGUACGGCAUUCGGAUGCUAGACUUCGAGCGACAUUUGUGCAGAGAACGCGUCGUGUCUGUCGAGAAGCUGUUGUGGCUUUUGAACGAGACUGAACGCUGUUUUCCGAAGACUGAACAAGAACCAAUGUCCCCAAUUGAACAUGAAGACUACGCAUUGUUAUUCCAGCACUGUAGUGAUCCUGAAAGCCCUGAAGCUGUGAUUGUCACGGAGGAUUUUAUGGCAUUACUGCGCAGUCUCCCACUCGAGAGAACGACCUUAGUACGCUAUGUAUUCGAACAACUCGCAGAUGGUCGAAGAGGAGAAGGCUAUCGUCCUCCUCCCGAUUACACAAGAAUUCACCACAUUCACGCGGCGAUCAAGUUACAGCGCAGCCAUUGUUCCACUGCAGAGAUAGAAGCUGCUGAAGCUUGGCUCCAAGUCGUGGGUACCGAAGCAGUCACGCUUCACGAUCUGCUCCAGUUUCAUCUCGCUACAAGCGAUGGGAAUGUUACAGAAGACGCGGAAUUUGUACGCUUCGUGCAGCGGAUGUGGGGGUUUGACCCCUUAACAGUGAAAGAUGCGGAUCGUGGGGAAGCUAUUCAACAUUUGGUCGAAAACUACACUGCGAGGGGUCAUUUACAUGAGCUGAUUACUCGUAAACGAGAACUUCUUGCGAAGGUUCCAGGCGCCCAAGCGAGGAUUCGAUCAGCCACAACUCAAUUAGAGGCCGAGCUGCAAAAUAUCCGAGCAUUGCAAGCUCCAGCAGGAUUAAGUCACUGGUUGCAAUGCGAUGAAAGUAUAAACUCUCGACUUGGUGGUACGUUGGCGUUGCUACGUGAAUUGACGCUUCCAGGUCAAUUUCUGGCCUCGAUUCCAGAUUUUGUAGGAAUUCUGAAAGAGUUACAAAUUUUGGAUUUUCGGGAUAAUCGCCUUGAAAGCAUCUCAUCGGCACUAGGGAACCUGAAAAACCUCCGAGCGUUGAAUUUGUCGGACAAUCUGCUGCGUGAUGCGAGUUUUAUGGGGGCUGACGAUAUGUGGAGUCAAUUGGAAGUGCUUAGAGAUCUUCGGUUGAGUGGGAAUAAACUCACCUCCUUACCUAGUGCGCUGGUGGCGAUUCCAAAUCUAGAAAUUUUAGAUCUGUCCAGAAAUGCAAUACAGUCAAUUCGUGGAGACGUUAUGAAGCUUUGGAAAGGUAGAAGUCGGCUUAUUACACUGGAUCUGUAUGCUAAUGCACUCUCAACGCUACCUGAGGAGAUUCACGUCUUAUUUGGAACCCUACGAAGGCUACUACUUCAUCAGAAUCAAAUGUCAAGUUUACCUAAUUCGAUUGGUGAGCUGCUACGUCUGGAAGAGAUGACAUUAUCCCAGAACCAACUCACAGGCGAGUCUCUUUCUUCCUAUCCUUUACCUGAAGGACAUUCAGCCAUCUCGCUAGCGCAAAAUCAGCUUAGAGUUCUGCCUCGCCUUGUUGUUGUUCACGUCGAAGGUAAAGGUCCUCCAAAACCAGUGAAUACCAGUGUAACAAGCGUUGAUGUGCGUGGAAACCGUCUUCGAAAUGUGGUGAAUUGGUCGCCGAUAGUGCUAGCAAAUUGUCAAGCUCUUCACCUCCAGAACAAUUGUUUACGCGAACUUCCCGAUGAUUUUUUCGUAGCACUCCCAGCACUGCGAGUAUGUGAACUACAGAGCAAUCAGCUGCGAUUGUUACCGGUGGGAAUUGCGGAGUGUAAACAACUGCGAAUUCUUCAUGUUAACGAUAAUUGUUUGCAGUCGUUACCCAAGGAAUUAGUGCAGUUACCUUUUCUGGAAGUUCUAAAUGCUGCAGAAAAUGAAUUCUCAGAAAUCCCGCUGGAAUGGCAUGCUUUUGAGACUCAAAACGACGGUACUAGAGUGCUCCACUCACUGAUGUUACGACGAAAUCCACUGAGUAACAAAAUUCUCUUGAGUAUCGUAGAUGGUAGUGCGGACAGUUCGAUGUAUUCAACAAAAGCCUGGCUGAACGGUAUAUCCGAUGAUACUAUCUGUGAAGGAGUUAUCAAGAAGUUGCUAGACGGUCUUCGUGAUGCAAGCCUUAUCUUACGUACUGAUCGAGCAUCAACUCGAAAGGCUUGGGUUGAUAGUGACGAAGAUGAAGAAAGGUCCAGUAAUAAACCAAAGUGGCGUGGGGUGGCUCGUGACGUGAAUCUCUACUUGGAACAACGUCUUCGUUCAAUCCAAAGACCAGGUACUAAACGAAAUUCUGCAACGUUGGUAGUUGAUGUGAAGAGUUUCGAGCGAUUGAUCCGGACGUUGCCAUUCACGUGUUCCAAAAAGGAGUUGACACAUCUCGUAAGGCGUUUUCUGGUGCUAGAAGAUGCUGAAAGUGAGGGACACACUAAAUGCAAUCGUCAGAUCGACGGUGUGGCGUUUCUACAGGCUAUUGAGCGGUUUGGACGAUGGCGAUCGAUCUCAACGCCAUCAAAGCGAUCGAUGAGCUCGGUACUAAAACCAACGACUGACUCUGCAAGACCAAUUAUCCAGUACCUCAUGGUGUUGCACAGACGAAUGCAACAAGAACAGGAACAAGAGGGAAUUCGGAGUCCUCAUCCGAAACGUCGAUUCAAGAUAAAUCUUCGUAAGCCAAAACAACCUGCCAAGACACCCCGAAAAAAGGACCCAAGUACUGCGAAGCUGAAGCCACAUCCCGUAAUGAACCAAGCUCCAGAACAACUCAUCAAGACCAGCAAAAGUCGCGCUGAUGUGCUUGUCGAUCGACAGCGACAACGCAUCCAAGUACUCGAGCAGCAGCUCGUUGAUCAGAAAUUGCUACUACUAGCUCAUCAAAAGCCAAAUCUCGGUAGAAGCAAGAGUUCCGAUGAUAACAAUGGCACCACAAUAGCUCCAGCUGACCUUACGCUGGUCUCAGAUAACGAGACCAGAGAAUGUCAAGCAUUCAAAACUAACGACAACAGUGAAGAAACCGUCACUAUCAGUGUUAAAUGUUUGCAUCUGCGGGCAACAGGCGAGAGCGAGAAGAUCGGAGACCAGCAGGUGCAGACGAUGAAAAAACUUGCUUGUCUGGAUUUCCGCCUUCAACCAGAUGAUUCAGUGCUGCAUUUGAAAUACCAGCUUGAAGAUCGAACUGGAGUACCAGUUGAUCAUCAAAUUCUAAUCACCAAUAACGUCCGUCGCGGGGCACCCGCUAUUCGUCUACAAAACAGCGCCACGCUGCGCGAAUACUCUGAGCAUGUGGGCGGCGUGAGCAGAUGGUCUUUGACGCUGCUCAUCGGCCAAAGUCUGCCAUUGUCUUGUGAGCAUCAGGCCACAUGA